AUGAAUUUUAAAGGUGAAGAAUCUACUGAGACUUGUUACAAUAUUCGGUUUUUGUGCGAUUCUGAAACACCUCCAAUUUUUGGUGCCAAGUAUUUUUUUCAAUUAGAGGGUGUUGUUGACUGUGCCGAGUUCUUGGUUCAUUUUCCAACUCUCGUCAAACUCUGUCGGAAGCAUGGUUUAAAGCUUGAAAAAGUCAACACUUUCGCAGAGUAUUUUAAGGCAUCUUUCGAAAAAGGAGCAAAUCUUUUAGAAAAAACAAAAGGUCUUCAAACGGUUUAUUAUGAAAGAGGUUCAAAACUCGAAAGCAAUUUCGAGCACAUCGAUAAUGUGGCGAAUGAAACAGAGAACUUCUCCGAUACUUAUGGAACUCUAUCCAAACCAGAAUGGGAAGUAGCAACUUUAUAUAUUGUGUGCGCCUUCAAGAAGUGUCCAAAUACUUGGGAUAGUGAAAUGAGUCCAAUAUAUGACUUUGAUUGUUAGUAUAAAUUAACAAGAAUGAAAUUUUAUGAAAUUAUCGUCUGAUGUUUAUUUUUUAUAGCAUUUGUUUUAUACAAAG